AUGCUGCGACAAGUCAAGCCAAAAAAUGCCCGCGCAAAGCGGGCAAUGGACAAGCGCGAGCCGCUCGUGAACGAGAACCCCAAGUCCACGCUCUUCGUGACCGGCCCCAGGACGUCGCAGAUCCUCAAGCUCUGCACCGCCGACCUGCGCAUGCUCAAGAAGCCGUUCAUCGAGACCUUCACCAAGAAGAACGACAUCCACCCGUUCGAGGAUGCUUCCUCCCUCGAGUUCUUCUCCCUCAAAAAUGACACCUCCCUCCUCAUCUUCUCUACGCACUCCAAAAAGCGCCCCCACUGCCUCACGCUCGUCCGCACCCACGGCCAUAAAAUCCUCGACAUGCUCGAGCUCUACGUAAACCCCACCUCUUUCCGCACGCUGCAGCAGUUCAAGAACAAGAAGCCCGCCGUCGGCCUCAAGCCCCUCAUCGCCUUCCACGGCGCCCCCUUCGAGGAUCCCAACCAGACAAAGUGGACCCUCGCAAAGUCGCUCCUGCUCGACCUGUUCCGUGGGCAGGAAGCUAGCGAGGUCGAUGUCGAGGGCCUGCAGUAUAUGAUUGACAUCAGCGCGGCGGAGGCGGUCGAGGGUGAGCCUGCACCCGAGCUGCGCAUCCGGUUCUACCUCAUCAAGACGCUGAAGAGCGGGCACAAGCUGCCGCGCGUUGAGGUCGAGGAGAUGGGUCCCCGCAUCGAUGCGACGCUCGGCCGCGAGCAGUUCCCCGACCCGGACAUGAUGAAGAGCGCGCUGAAGAAGCCAAAGGGUGCGGAGCCAAGGACGAAGAAGAACAUCGACAUGGAUAUCAUGGGCGACAAAAUGGGUAAGGUGCACCUGCCGAAGCAGAACUUUGGCGAGCUACAGAGCAGGAAGAUGAAGGGGUUGAAGCGCGGCAGGACGCCGGAGGAUGUGGAGAUGGACGAUGCGGAUGAGGUCAUCGAUGAGACGGUGCCAAAGAAGACGAGGGUUUAA